AUGCCGCCCUUUGUCUUUCCCUUUCGGUUGGUGACGGACAUUGGAGUUGUAGCCAGUUCGGCUCUGAAGGUUGCGAAGGUGUCUUUCCCGGCGCUACACCCAGAGGCAGAACUGCUGGGCCUUCGGAUAAAAGGGAGGUUACUCCAAUGUGUCACAAUUACUUCCUUGAUACUUGCUGUAAAACUGAGUGGAGAUGAGUUAAUUCCACGCAUAGAAGACUUCAUAAAGCACUGUGGCUCUGGCGAUAGCCCGAAUGAGCUACGGAGGAUGGAGCUGGCUAUUCUGGACAGACUGCACUGGAAUCUCUGGAUCGGGACGCCGCAGGACUUCGUGACUAUUGAAAAGUAUGGGGUUUUCUGUCCUAACAUUAAAAACCAUAGUCUCCAGUUCCAUGCCCUGGUGGUCCUGAGCUGGCCCCGUGGGGUUGAGCUGCUGCCUCAGAGGAAUCCUUCCCUCCACGUCGCGUCCCUGACCAGGCAGCUGCAGCACUGUAUGGCGGGCCACCAGCUGCUGCAGUUCAAGGGCUCCACACUGGCCUUGGUCAUCAUCACCUUAGAGUUGGAGAGGCUCAUGCCCGACUGGUGUACUCCUAUAUCUGAUCUGCUAAAGAAAGCACAGGUCCCUGAGAUGCAGUACGGAGGCUGCAAGAAACUUGUGAAGCAGCAGCUGAGAAGUUUCUAGUCGGCCUCCUGCACAGACUUUCUGUCGCACCUGCCCACCUGCCUCCAUGCCUUCAGAGCCCAGUGGGAGCCCUCCUGGCUUGGAGUCUAUGAAUUCUUUGGCCUUAUGAAUCCUGUAACAAGAAAGGACGAAAGUCCCACAGAGCAGAAGGAAGUAAGGGGGCAGGGCCGGGGCUGGAUCAGUAGAGGUAAAGGUGGCCUGACAGACCUCGGACCUCUCUCCCCUCAGUCUCCCCUGGGUCUGAAGCCAGGGACAGUGAAUAAAUGCUCCACACGCAACCUGUCUGUCCUUCCUUCUCUGGUGAGGGCUGGUAUUGGUUCAGGGCUGAAGGGCUAGGGCUGGUCCUGGCUGGUGAGUCCUUGUUGCUGUUCUCGCCAGAGCAG